AAGAAAACAAGGUACUAAUUAAUUAUCCAUAAUGGCUGUUCACAAGGAAGUUAGUUUCGUUGCUUACCUACUAAUUGUUCUUGGAAUGUUUCUAUAUGUUGAUGCUUUGGGUUGUACUAAAGAAUGUGGUAAUCUUGGCUUUGGGAUAUGCCCACGUUCAGAAGGAAGUCCGACAAAUCCCAUAUGCAUCAAUUGUUGCUCAGGCUAUAAGGGUUGUAAUUAUUAUAGUGCUUUCGGGAGAUUUAUUUGCGAAGGAGAAUCUGACCCAAAAAACCCAAAAGCUUGCCCCCUAAAUUGUGAUACAAAUAUUGCCUAUUCAAGAUGUCCCCGUUCAGAAGGAAAAUCGCUAAUUUAUCCCACCGGAUGUACCACAUGCUGCACAGGAUACAAGGGUUGUUACUAUUUCGGUAAAAAUGGCAAGUUUGUAUGUGAAGGAGAAAGUGAUGAACCCAAGGCAUAUUUGUCCACAGCAUAAAGCAUCAAUACUAUGCGUUGUAGUUUUUAAUUAGUAAUUAAUGUAUGAAAUAAAAGCAUGCACACAUAAUGACAUGCUAAUCACUAUAAUGUGUGGGCAUCAGAGUUGUGUGUUAUGUGUAAUUACUAAUUAUCUGAAUAAGAGAAAGAGAUCAUCCAUAAUUCUUAUCCUAAAUGAA